UUAUUUUUACAGUCAUGUUGUACAUUGUGCAUAGAACCACAAAAUAUCAAUACUACGAGACAGAGAUUGAAACCAAAUUGCACCCUUUUGAAACAGUAGAGGAUAAUGAAUUGCCUUCCAGAAUAUUAACAGAUUUACCUCAUGGCAUUAUGCAACCUCGUUCAGAUUUGGAACUAAAGCUAUGGUCAAAGAAUUCACGAUCUGAGGUCAAUGUUACCACAAAUAAGAACUUGCCGGCAAUGCCAGUUUGUAUUAAACAAAAAGAAAGUGUUGAUGGUGUUGUGCGAAAGUUCUUGCAGCGAAUUUUACCAUUAUUUUAUUCCAUUACGAUGGCAAAGUGGAUGGAUGGUGGGAUCUUGAUUGGCGUGGCAAAGCCAUUCACAUAGUGGGUCAUAACCAAACAAAGUGGUAAAACCUAUUGUUGGUAAAAGGAAUUCUUUUGUCGUGUCUUGUGAAAUGCGUGGGUG